AUGACAUCAGUCAACAUCACUGAAGAUCUAUGCAAGAUAUGUGACGGCAGAAUAGAGUGUGCUCCUACAGCUAUCUUGCUCAUUUCUCUAGUCCACACCCUUUACGGCCACAUCGGUCCGGAACCGGACUACUUUGGGAACAACAAGGAUUCCUUGCUGAGGUCACAGGAGAGUCCUACUAACGAAGAUUACAUUAUACCGAAGCCCAGGCCUUAUGCAUACUUUGACAAGGUAAAAGACGACCAGAAAUCCUUUCGUGUGGAGGAUAAUGAAAAUCCGGUGGCGGAGUACGAUUUCAUCGUCGUUGGAGGUGGCACCGCAGGCUGCGUGGUAGCCAGCAGAUUGUCAGAGAAUAGGAAGUGGAAGGUUUUGCUGGUUGAAGCCGGCCCCGAAGAGCCGAAGAUUGCAUCCAUUCCUAGUCUGACCAGUGAGUUUAGAGGCUCCGCUUUAGAUUGGCAGUUCAGCAUGAGACCAAAAAAAGGAUUUUGUCAGAACCGUCUCGACAGGGGUUGUGAGAUUGUCCAGGGUAAGGUCUUAGGAGGUUCCUCUACUAUCAACGAUAUGGCGUACAUGAGAGGAAGUCCUGCAGACUACGACGAAUGGGCUCUUAAUGGCAAUGAUGGUUGGAGUUUCUCCCAAGUCCUGCCGUACUUUAAAUAUUCGGAAGGAAACUAUGACAGAGAUAUAUUUAAAAAUAAAUUCUUCCAUUCAACGCAAGGCCCGUUGGAUGUAGGACGCUACCCAUAUGUAGAUGAUAAUGUAGAUGUACUUCUGAGUGCUUUUAAUGAACUCGGUUAUAACUAUACCGAUAUCAAUGGUCGAAACCAACUUGGUUUCAUGAGAAUACAAACUAUGUCGUAUUUUGGUGAAAGAGUGAGUGCAUUCACUGCUUUUUUAGAACCUGUUAGAAAAUUAAGAUCCAAUCUUGAGAUUGUUACUGAAGCAUUAGUAACUACAAUUGCAUUAGAGGAGCAGAGGCAAUCAAUUAGAGCAUUAGGUAUUGAAUAUAUUAAAAAUGGCACAAGAGUAAAAGCGAAAGCCAAUCGGGAAGUUAUAUUGACCGCUGGUGCUAUCAAUUCUCCAAAACUACUGAUGCAAUCAGGAAUAGGACCAAAAGAAUAUUUGGAAUACUUAAACAUUAGGGCUGUCUAUGAUUUACCCGUUGGAGCUAAUUUUCAAGACCAUCUUUCAGUUUGUUUGCCCGUAAUCAAAUUAACUAAGACAUCUACGUUACGAAAAUUCCCUGAUAAAUUGAAAGAUAUAACGACGUAUUAUUCGAAAGGCACUGGCCCACUUUCAGCAAAUUUUCAAGUGGUUGCAUUCAUUGAAACAAAAUUCUCAGACAUAUUGGGAACACCAGAUAUAGAAGUAAGAUUUAAAGGCCAUAACUCUAAUAUGUAUUAUGACAAGAUUGAUAUAUGCUUAUCACUUUUGACACCACGGAGUAGAGGGCAAGUAGUAUUGAAUGCAAGCGAUCCUGUUUUUGGAAAGCCUCUUAUAUACCCAAGUUUUCUUAAAGAUUCCUCAGAUGAAAAGAAACUUUUAGAGGGCAUACAAGAAAUUACUAAACUUUUUGAUACGGAAGUGUUUAAGAGUGCCGAAAUUGAGUUUGAUCCGCGGCCAAUAUUAAAUAAUGAGUGUAAAAAUUUUGAAAGAGUCUCUGAAGAAUUUUGGUCAUGUAUAAUUAGACACUUUACAAGUCCUUUACAUAACUACGCUGGAACAUGUAAAAUGGGCCCUACCAAAGAUCCAGAAUCAGUAGUUGAUCACACCCUAAGAGUGUACGGAACAACCAAUUUGAGGAUAGCUGAUACAUCCAUAAUGCCGAAAAUAACACGAGGAUCUACUGCAGCUCCUGUCAUCAUGAUAGCUGAAAAGGCAAGCGAUUUAAUAAAAACAACUUGGUACUGA